AUGUGUCCAUCAGAGCGGAGCGUGGCGGAGGCCGGACCCCCCAUCACCGGGCGGAGGCUGACGGAGCAGCAGGAGGUCCCGGGAGGAGGUCUUCACCCUGCCCCACCAGACCGGCCCGGUCCACAGGACCCAGUCCGGUCGGGACCCCUCAUCACCUAUCACGAGGUGGUGGUCCUCCACGAGCGCUACCUGCCCAGCGUGUUCCCCUGCGCCCCUCCCCCGGGCCAGCAGGGGGCGGCGGUGCGUCGCGGCGGCGUGGCGGCGGUCUGGGCCGGCGCCUGCCACGUGGUGCAGCGGGGGCUGGCGGCCAUGUCGGAGGCGUCCACGGUGUUCUUCGAGAAGGUGCUGCCCUGCGUGGUCAUCAAGCUGCGCUACCUGUGGCUGCUGUGGUUCCUGGCGCUGACGGUGGGCGGGGCCUACGUGGUGUGCGUGGACCCCAAGAUGAAGCUGCCCUCGCUGGAGCUGGCCGAGUUCCAGGUGUUCCGCUCCUCGCAUCCCUUCGAGCGCUACGACGCCGACUUCAAGAAGCUCUUCAUGUUCGAGCGGGUGCAGAACGGAGAGGACCUCCACAUGCCCAUCACCAUCAUCUGGGGGGUGACCCCCGAGGACAACGGGGACCCCCUGAACCCCAAGAACAAGGGCAAGCUGGUGCUGGACGGGGGCUUCAACAUCGCCAGCCCCGCCUCCCAGCUCUGGCUGCUCAACUUCUGCCAGAAGCUCAGGAACCAGAGCUUCGUGUUCCAGUCCGAGGAGCAGGACUUCACCAGCUGCUUCAUGGAGACCUUCAAGCAGUGGAUGGAGAACCAGGAGUGCGACGAGGCCUCUGCGCUCUACCCCUGCUGCAGCCAGUCCACCUUCCCCUACCGCCAGGAGGUGUUUGAGCUGUGCAUCAAGAGGGCCAUCAUGGAGCUGGACCGCAACACCAUGUACCACCUGGACAGCAAGACCCCCGGCCCGCGCUUCGACAUCAACGACACCAUCCGGGCCAUCGUGCUGGAGUUCCAGAGCACCUACCUGUUCACCCUGGCCUACGACAAGAUGUACCACUUCUACCGCCAGGUGGACGAGUGGAUCAGCGAGGAGCUGCUCAGCGCCCCGGCCGGCCUCCGUCACGGCUGGUUCAUCAGCAACCUGGAGUUCUACGACCUCCAGGACAGCCUGUCGGGGGGCACCCUGAUCGCCAUGGCGCUGUCGGUGGGCGUGGCCUUCGGCGUGAUGCUGCUGACCACGUGGAACGUCAUCAUCAGCCUCUACGCCAUCAUCUCCAUCGCCGGCACCAUCUUCGUGACGGUGGGCUCCCUGGUGCUGCUGGGCUGGGAGCUCAACGUUCUGGAGUCGGUCACCAUCUCCGUGGCCGUGGGGCUGUCGGUGGACUUCGCCGUGCACUACGGCGUGGCGUACCGGCUGGCGCCCGAGCCGGACCGGGACGGGAAGGUGGUCUUCUCUCUGAGCCGCAUGGGCUCGGCCAUCGCCAUGGCGGCCCUGACCACCUUCGUGGCGGGCGCCAUGAUGAUGCCGUCCACGGUGCUGGCGUACACGCAGCUGGGCACCUUCAUGAUGCUCAUCAUGUGCGUCAGCUGGGCCUUCGCCACCUUCUUCUUCCAGUGCAUGUGCCGCUGCCUGGGUCCCCAGGGGUCCUGCGGGCAGAUCCCCCUCCCCGAGAAGCUGCGGUGCCAGGCCUUCGCCGAGGGCACCGCCAGCCUCCCCCCGCCCCCGGGGAAGAGCCCCGGGUCGGGCAAGUACCGGCUGGGCGGGCGGGGAGCUGUGGAGGUGGAGCACUGCGAGCUGGAGCCGCUGGCGGCCAAUCAGAGCAAGGAGGGGGAGGAGCCCUGUCAAAACGGCUCGGCCAAUAGCCGUCCCCCGCAGGCCCCCGGAGAUCUCGGACCCUCCCCGGACCCUGCUGGCCCUCAGAGGAGACACCUCCAGCUGGGCCCCCAGACCCUCUCCCCUUCUCCCCCCCCGAACCCGUCCCCCGAAGCCCUCUACCCGGCCCGGGAGUGCUGUCUGCACUACAUCCGCUACCCCCACCUCCACCACCACCCCUGCUCCCAGGGCUGGAUGGCCCACCACCUCCUGCCCGACCCCGGCCAGGACCCUGGUCCGGGACCCCCGGGGGGUCUGGAGAACCCACCCCCCAGGGUGAGUCCGCCCGGGCAGAACCAGACUCCACCGACGGGUUCGGAGAGGACACGCCCUCAGGCCCCGGCUCCCGUCGGCCCCUGCCAGGUGUGCCGACCAGCGCCGCUACAACCAGACGCCGCCCCACCUGGUGGCGACCACCGCAGUUGUGGGGGGCGUCUGUCGAGCCCCCCGGGGGGCGACCAUGUCUCCAGGACGCUCUCCUGCUGCACGACGCCCCGCAGCCAGGACACGCCCCCCGGGAGGCCCCACCCCCCCGUCGACCCCAUAGUACACGCCCCCCGGGACGCUGCCGCCCGCGAGCCGACUGCGUCUCCAAGGAAACUGGGCUGCUUCAAGAGGAGGUUAAAGGUCAAGACGCCAGACACCUCGGAGGUGGACGGCGGCGCGGCGGCACAGCCUCCGCCGGCCACGCCCGCCUCAGAGAGUUUGUGUUGA